GUUUCUGAGAUUCUUAAAUACUGUAACUCCAGAAACCUGGCUGUCCUACAUUAAAAGUUGUAUUAAUUAAGUGGUCCAAAAGUAAACAAUUGUACUGCAGUUUUGCCAGAGCCACUUUCGUUCGCACCGGAAGCUUUAGAAGCCAAUCCAGACAAUGGUAAAAAAGGUCAUCAUGUAGCACUUGCUUUCGGUGCAAGUUUUGGUGCUGCAUUUGUUAUUGUUACUAUAGUUGGGCUUCUUGUUUGGUUUUUGGUAUAGACACAACCAACAGAUAUUCUUCGAUAUUAAUGAGCAUUACAAUCCAGAAGUCCGCCUUGGUCAUUUGAAAAGAUAUUCAUUCAAAGAGCUUCGUACUGCAACCGACCAUUUCAACUCAAAGCACAUUCUAGGAAGAGGAGGCUUUGGAAUAGUUUACAAAGCUUGCUUGAAUGACGGGUCCGUUGUGGCUGUUAAAUGGCUAAAAGACUAUAAUGCGGCUGGUGGUGAGAUCCAAUUUCAAACGGAAGUUGAGACAAUAAGUUUGGCUGUUCACCGAAAUCUUCUGAGGCUUCGAAGGUUUUGAGGCUGGUAUUUCAAAGGAUGGUUAGACCCGUGAACAUGCUCUCCUUGCUUUCACUCUUGGUGUGAGGCAAAUGAUUUGUUGUUGCAACAAGAUGGAUGCCACUACACCCAAGUACUCCAAGAGUAGGUAUGAAGAAAUUGUGAAGGAAGUUUCAUCCUAUAUAAAGAAGGUUAGAUAUAACCCAGAUAAAAUUCCAUUUGUUCCCAUCUCUGGUUUUGAGCUUGUUACUAAGAUUGACAGACGUUCUGGUAAAGAGAUAGAGAAGGAGCCCAAGUUCCUAAAGAAUGGUGAUGCUGAUAUUAUUAAGAUGCUUCCCACCAAGCCCAUGGUGGUUGAGACUUUCUCUGAAUAUCCUCCACUCGGACGAUUUGCUGUCAGAGACAUGCGUCAAACUGUGGCUGUUGGAGUUAUCAAGGCUGUGGAGAAGAAGGAUCCAAGUGCAUCUAAGAUUACAAGGUCAGCACUCAAGAAGAAAUGACAUGUGCAGGACGAUUCAACAAAGAACCUAGUUUCUAAGGCU